AUGAAUGAUGCGGGCGGCUUCGUGUUCCGCAUAUCAGAUGAGUCACUCGUUCGACGUUUCCUUAUACUGGGCACUACUGGCGGCACCUACUAUGUCACGGAAAAGGAGCUCACCAUGAGAUCGGUUGAACGACUGUGCCAUAUUAUCCAGGAU